AUGAAAAUUAAGGCUAGCGGCGAGUUCUUCUAUGACCGUCAAGCAUCGCUCUACUCCAGGACAAAGUUGACCGCUAAGGACAACAUCAAACUGGAAUUCCGUGCUGUGUUCGAGUUGAAGGAUGUCGCUGAAAGCUAUCAAGCCGCUUCAAAUGGAAUUCGAAGCACUGUUCACCAGGCUCCGGCUCUCGCUGACAAAACUCUCAUAGAGGCUAUCAGCAUUUUCCUCAGUGGACCAGCAUAUUCCAACAAGAAUGUGAUCACCGUUGGAAGCUGUGUCCACUACGUGCUCGAUACUUCGGAAAUCAAUCUGAAGAUGAUCAAGAAUGCCGUUACUCUGCGCUGGGAGCAUCAAAAGGUGUCAAAAGUCUCCAAGGAACCAACAAAGAUCCAAGUUUGUACAUGGUCACCGAAAUGA